AUGGAGAGCCUGAUCAGACGUGCUGCUGAAUUUCCAAAUUGGACACAAGUUCCUAUUCCGAAUUUUCAACUCUCAGCCAGCGGUCUUUUAGCAUUGGCAGACUUGAGCACCAUUGCCCAGCGCACUGCUAUUGCAGGCGGAUCAUCAUGGCUCGACGCACUGCUCCUGGCUCCGGGCUUACACUACCAACAGGCGGCCGACGCCCUGGACAAGGAGACGGCCAAAUAUGACGCCGUGGAACUCGUGCAGGGGCGCAUGUCGACGUACAACAUCAACAACCCGGCGACGGUUCGGUAUCUGCAAAAGGUCGGCCGGCAGGGCGAGCUCGUGACCGUCGACGUGGGCAUGAUCCCCCAGCGGCAGUACUUUCGUCGUGCGGGCCGCGGUCGCCGCCGCGGCGGCCAGAGAGCCACGAUUUGGCGUGACACGGGCUCGGAUCUGGGCUGGUUCUCACAUGUGCUGUACCUCGCCAGUCCCGUGUUGACGGUGACGGCAAUCGUCUUUCUAGUGUUGCUGCGGGAGUGGUACGGAGUAGCUUUCCUGCUCGCCUUGAUGCUCUCCCGCAUCCUCAACAUCUGGGUCAUCAAGCAGCGCGCAAAACCACCACAGCCUCUGCCACCCGAUCCGGACGUCAGUCACAUGCUGACGCAAUACCUCGUGGACCUGGGCAACGGGCGCUCCGUCCGGCUGCGCGGCAUGGCCGACGAUCUCCAAGCCAUCACAACAUCGUCGUGGCUCCGCGCCAAGACCCACGCCGAGGGCUACCUCGAGGCCGCGGCCAAGCUGAUUGUCUAUGUCGUCGCCGCCUUUAGCGGCAACAUGUCCCAGGUCGGCGGCAUCAUCUUCAUGGGCUUGCUGCUCAUCACGGCUGGCUUGCUUGGCUUGAGUAAUGCCCAUGCCAAAACUUUCACAAUGCACGGGAGGCUGGCGGCGCCCACGAUGGAACGCCUGCCGUACCCGACGGAUAAGCCGCCAUAUCCUCGCAGCAAGAGCACCUUUAGUGACGGGACCGUGUCGUUUCCGGCAACGACGCAAAGGACGGACACUGGGUUGACUGCUCUCAGUGACUGGGCAGAAACAGGUCAAGUCGGUGCUCCACUGAGGAAUAGCCAUCCCUUUGAUAAGGACGUGGACUAUUCAUGA